CAUAGACAUUAAGACUAUACCUAAUUAGACAAUCACUCAUAGAGUCGUAGUUUCAACAAAUGGACAGGAAAUUGAAGAUGUCCCUAUUAAAAAGAUCCGAGGUGGCCCCUUAAUUCUUCAUAAGCAUAAGACAGCAUCGGGUACACAAUUCACUCACUCUUUUACACUUCUGCCCCUGCUUUCCCUCUCUUCUUCCAUCUUUGAGAAAAAACUCAAAAUCACCAGCAUUUUCUCACAAAUCAACUGAAACCCAGCUCCCACCCCCAAAACCCAGAAAAAUUAGUUUCAGAAAUCACAAGUUUUAAUGGUGAUGAACUUGAAAGUGGGUAAAAGACCACCAUGGGUGGGUUUAGGAGCAGCAGUAUGGGUUCAAAUAGCAUCAGGAAAUCCAUACACUUUCCCACUUUAUUCACAUUCUUUAAAAUCAGUUUUAGGUUUUAAUCAAAGGCAAUUAACAAUGCUUGGAGUUGCUAAUGACAUUGGUGAAAAUGUUGGCCUUCUUCCUGGGAUUAUCUGCAACAAAUUUCCACCUUGGAUCAUUCUUUCUAUUGGGGCUUCUUGCUGCCUCUUUGGUUAUGGUGUUCUUUGGCUUGCUCUUAGUCGCACUGUCUUGUUCUUGCCUAAUUGGCUGUUGUGGUUGGCACUCGUUGUUGGCACCAAUAGCAGUGCAUGGCUGAGCACUGCAGUGCUUGUUACCAACAUGAGGAAUUUCCCUGUUAGUCGAGGCACAGUUGCAGGCAUCCUUAAAGGCUAUUCGGGCUUAAGUGCUGCUGUUUAUACAGAAAUAUACAGUGUCAUUCUUCACAGCUCCUCUCCCAAUCUCUUGUUGUUCCUUGCUCUUGGAGUUCCUAUCUUGUGCUUCCUCGUUAUGUACCUUGUACGACCUUGUAGUCCAUCUUCCCGAGAUAGCUCUGCUGAAAACAGCCACUUUGUUUUCAUUCAAGUUGCUAGCAUUCUUCUGGGCGUUUAUCUUCUUGCAACUACUAUUUUGGGUGAUGUUCUUUCUCUAAGUCAUCCUAUUUCCUACAUCAUACUUACUGUCAUGAUACUCUUCCUUAUGGCACCUCUUAUGAUCCCAUUAAAGAUGACACUUUUCCCCUCAAAUCCAAGAGCUACCGGGAUAAAUGAUGCACAAGACACUGAUUCUUUAAAUUCCUUUAUCGAAGAUGGAAAAACAGAACCAUUGUUAACACCGACAUCCUCUGAAGCAAAUCUGAAAAAUUUGUAUGAGAACGAAGAUUUAUCAGACAUUGAUCUGCUUCUUGCUGAGGGAGAGGGGGCCAUAAAAAAGAAGAGGAGACCUAAACGUGGGGAGGAUUUUACAUUUCGGGAAGCAAUUGUUAAGGCUGAUUUUUGGCUUCUUUUCUUGGUAUACUUUGUUGGAGUUGGUUCAGGGGUAACUGUUCUUAAUAACCUUGCCCAGAUUGGGAUAGCAUAUGGAAUGCCGGAUGCCACAAUCCUCCUUACCCUCUUCAGCUUUUUCAACUUUGCGGGCCGUCUAGGUGGUGGUUCUGUUUCAGAGUACUUUGUCAGGACAAGGACACUUCCAAGGACAAUCUGGCUGACAUGCACACAAGUAGUUAUGAUAAUUGUGUACCUUUUAUUUGCUUGGGGAGUUAAGGGCACCCUCUAUGCGGCAACCGGGAUGUUAGGUCUCUGCUAUGGUGUACAAUUCUCUAUCAUGAUCCCCACUGCCUCUGAAUUAUUCGGAUUGAAGAACUUCGGUGUAAUCUACAAUUUCAUGUCUAUUGGCAACCCUCUUGGUGCGCUCCUCUUCUCAGGUUUGCUAGCUGGGUACAUAUAUGAUCAUGAGGUUUCAAAGCAGUAUGGUGUAAAUAUGCUAUCUGCUAACUCACACACUUGUUUCGGUCCAAACUGUUUCCGUAUCACUUUCCUUGUAUUGGCUUGUGUUUGUGGCAUUGGCUCCAUCUUGAGUGUUGUUUUGACCAUUCGGUUAAAACCCGUGUAUCAGAUGCUGUAUGGAGAAGGAUCCUCCCGGCACCCUACAAGUUCAAGUAAUUGAGAAAAUCCUGAGCAUGAAAUUUGUGAGUCUCCAACAGCUUUAUUCUGUUCUGUUGUAAAAAUCUAGAUUAUUUUAGUAUACCUGUACACCAAAGUAUUUGUGCUUGCUCAACAUCCAUAUUUGUACGUCUGUAGUCACUCUUAGCUGGUGAUUCGGUGAAAGUAUAUGGUAGCGGUGUUAAUGUGUUAUACAGUUAUGUGUGAACUAAGCUUGUGUUAUAUUUUAUAAAUUAGCUAUUAAGUUCUUAUGAAGAUGAUGUAAUGGUCAAUGUUUAUGCAAAAAUGAAAAAUACCAUUUACAGGUCUUUAUUCUUCCUCUUUCCGUUAUCAUUAUUUUGCAAGAUUUGCUGUUGCCGACAUCCCUUAUUCUCACUGACGUAAUCUUACUCAUUUAAUUCGAGCACAACUACAAAUCGAUAUUACGAAAUCAAACACGAACACGACCACCUUCCUGUAAAAGUCUGCCCUGAAAUUACAUGGGCCAUUCCUGUGUUUGGGCCACAGAAAAUAUACUAUGCUCCAAUCACCUAAAAUAAUGGGUAAAAAAAAAAAAAGAAAGGCGCCUUUUAGUCUUGAACCUACCAACGGCCUAUUUUGUAACGAACUUUGAGAUACUUAUCCAUUAACCAAUGCAAAAAAAAAAAAAAA